AUGCCCUUCGGGCUUACCAACGCGCCGGCGACGUUUCAGAGAGCCAUGGAUAUACUGCUCUCACCGUUCCGAUGGAAGUUUUAUCAAGUACCUGGGCCAUGUCGUUCGGCAGGUACAUUAGAAGUUGACGCCGCGCAAACAGCCGCCUUGGAACAAGUGAGGUACCCUCAAACGCAGACCCAACUCAGGAGCUUCUUGGGACUUUGUAAUGUCUACCGCAGAUUCGUUCCGCAUUAUGCGAAAAUUGCGCAUCCUCUAAACCAACUACUGACGAAAGAACAAUCGGUCCAGUUGGAAGGAUUCGACGAACCAUGCGAAAAAGCUUUUCAUAAGCUCAAAGACGCUAUCUUGGCACCACCGGUGUUGGCGCUGCCGAAGAAGGACCUACCCUACUCGGUAGAUACCGAUGCAAGCGACUAUCAAAUCGGCGCUGCAUUAUUUCAAACGCAUCCGGAUGCGCAACGUAAACCCAUCGGGUUCUUUUCAAGAACGUUAGCCGCAGCCGAGAGAAACUAUUCUGUAUCAGAAAAAGAAUGCCUAGCGGUAAUUUGGGCUAUACAGACUUUAAGACCAUAUCUAUAUGGCGAGCACUUCAUUGUGCAUACCGACCAUGCCUCAUUGAGAUGGUUGAUGAACGUAACGGACCCCAGCGGGAGAUUAAUCCGAUGGAGGCUCCGCCUCUCGAAAUUUGAUUUCGAAAUCAAGUACAAGAAGGGCAAGGCGAACAGCCAAGCUGAUGCCCUGUCAAGAUUACGGACCGCAGGAGAAACCGUCGACGAAAUCGACGACGCAAUCCCAUGCUUUAUGGCCGAACCAGUCGAGGGUACAGUGGAGGACGAGGACAGUUUUGACGCAAAUGGACGCCGGAAUGGUGAGAACGUUCAGCAUGGAGACCGAGGAACUCGAAGGAACUCUAUGCCGUACCGCGGCGGAGUUUGUACAAGUGGUAAUACCACAAUCGUUAAGGGACCGCGUCCUUGGGUUGAGCCACCACGCAAAAUUGGCAGGCCACCCGGGAGGCAGGAACUUUACAAGACAUUGAGAAGAUAUUUUUACUGGCCUACGAUGGCCCUAGACUGCUACGCAGUCGCGAAGAAUUGCGCCGCAUGUGCGUGGGAAAGGGUGAAGUUAAGAAGAAACACGAAGGAAAUGAAGCUGUUCACGCCCAAAGCUCCGCUGGAGUUUGUCCCCAUCGACAUCUUCGGCGAGCUAAUUACAACUAAACGAGGAAAUCGGUAUAUUCUCGUGAUCAGCGAUCGAUACUCGAAACCGGCACGAACCGUACCGUUGAAGAAGAUAUCAGCUGCGCACAUCGCACAAGCCUUCGUUACCAUUGGAUAUUCGUGUACGGACCGCCGGUCAAGCUGCUGUCCGACAAUGGAACACAGUUCACGGCCCGGUUCUUUCAGAACGUCUGCAGAAUUCUCGGCAUACGCAAUGUGUUCACGACUACGUACCACCCGCAAGCCAACGGCCGAGUUGAGAGGUUUAACCGCACGCUGGCGUCCGCGUUGCGAAAAUAUGUUGGAGAGCAUCCCAAGGACUGGGACUUAUUUAGCGACGCUGUGA